GAGGAGCUAGUGUGUUCGUUUCACCUCCUAAUCAGUUUUCCUGUGAGAUCUAUCAUCGACUGCAGCAGAGGAGACAAGUGGAAAAGCGGAAAAAAGAAGAUAGAUUUCUGCUCGGCUGUGAUCUUCUCCCGUCACAAAUUUGAGACUCAUACAAAUGACAGAAAUGGACGCCCCUCUCGCUACCCCCUGCAAUAUCCAGAUAUGUGACGUGACCUGUGACUCCUUCCGCAUCAUGUGGGACAUGACCCCAGAGGACAGUGGCAGAUCCACACACUUCUUCAUUGACCUGAGCCGCAAAGAGAGCCGCGACCCCAACCGCUUCAAACACAGGGAUGUGCCGACCAAGCUGGUGGCCAAGGCCGUGCCUCUUCCCAUGGCAGUGAGGGGACACUGGUUCCUCAGCCCGCGGACAGAGUACUGUGUUGCUGUCCAGACUGCUGUCCGACAGCCAGACGGUGACUACCUGGUGUCAGAGUGGAGCCAGGUGGUGGAGUUUUGCACCGGGGACUAUGCCAUGGAUCACCUGCAGCAGCUUCUUGACAAGGCCAAGGGCUCUGCAGGGAGGCUGCUGAAAUUCUCUGUGUUUUAUCGCAACCAGCACCCAGAAUACUUCGACUACGUCAGUAAAGAAUGUGGAGGCCUGAUGCGUCCAGCCCUAAAAGACAUCAGUGGGAGUCACGGUUCUCCCAUCAACGGCAAACUGCAGGGAGUCUUCUUCAGCUGCAGCACAGAGUUUGAUACCGGCCUCCCCCCCAAAGACUCCCCGUACGGCCCGCUUCGUUUCCAGAUCCCAGCUGGAAACCUGCUGAACCCCAACAUCUCCCUGUACUUUGCAGACUUCUACUGUAUGUACACGGCCUACCACUACGUAGUGCUGGUGCUGGCCCCUGUUGGCUCAGAGGGAGAUACCUUUUGUCGCACCCGCCUCCCUAUACUGGACUUGGCCUCCAACCCUUUCCUGACAUACACUGCCCCUCAGAGGCCGGGGGAGGAGCCUCUGUUCUGCCAUGCCAGCGACGUCAUCCUUGAGGUUCUUUUCACCGAUCCGGUUCCUUUGGAUCAGGGCAGCGUGGAGCAGAUCAGAGGGCACCACCAGCUGAUGAGUCUGACCACAGCCAACGCUAAGAAAGACCCGAGCUGCAAAGUGUGCAACAUCAGUGUGGGACGCUGAGGGAGAUGUAGCACAGACCUGGUGUGUGAGCCUGCAAGACUUCACAGUGUUGCACAAGACAAACCUGUUGAGACCAUCAAGUGUAGGUGAGAACACAGUGGAAACAGCCCACCUCUCGGGGUGCGUGCAUGCUGCUGCCCCUCUUCCCUCCUGCCUGGACUAGAAUAGUGAGUAUUAAAUAGAAGACCUUUACCAUGUGUAUUGCAGAACUUCAUCAUGAUCGCAGCUGGAAAUACAGUCCAGCCAUGACAGCUGAACAAAAAAUAACUGAAGACAUGAUAGGCUUUAGAAGGCUGCAAAAUACCCGUUUCUCCUCACUUCUGCUCUCCAGUGUUUUUGUGGCAUUUUAUGAAUAUCUUUUCCUGAGUUUUAAAUUGAAAUGUUUUCCUUUCAAUGUGUAUGUUUUCAUUUUUGGUUUUUAUGCACAACUAGUUUGAUGUUAUUUCUCUUAAAGAAAUUAGUUUGAUACCACCUGAAAGUGCAAACGCUAGAAGCAUGCCCCCUACAUUUACUUCUUGCGAUGCUCUCUCUAUUAGGUCACUGCCAGAUGUUCUUUGGCUUAAAAAA